CCGCGGCGCGAGUUCGGUGAGCCCGCAGUUCUCAGGGUGGCUGGUGGCUCGUCAGUUCGGUGGACGACCGUGCGAGAGCGCCGUCGUGGCGGCGUGAUCGAUCUCUUAUCGCUCUCUCCGCGGCGGCAUUCGCGCGCCCGCAUAGCACCCGAUAAGCGCGGUGGAGGACACCGCGGUGUGAAAACUUCUCUAGAAGCGAGACAGAGAAAGAAAGAGAGAAAGAAAGAAAGGUGGUGCGCGCGAAGGGCGUCACACAGAUCGUUGUCGUCGUGACGAUGACGUCGCACCGCCGACCGGCGGUGAUCGCCGCGAUGUCGCCAGCAAACGAGUAGUAAAGCCGCGUUAUAAGCGCGACGAGAAACGAGACGCCGCCAGCGAGUGGCUUGAACGCGGCCUUCCUUUCGAUGGCGCGUGGACGCGGCGACGGCGGGGAAACCCCUAUCGACCCUAUCCGGCGGCUGGUUAACCUUGCGGCCUGUCUCUAGACGUUCCGUCUAUACGGCUACGUGGUGUGUCUCGGUCGCUCGUUCGUUCGUUCUUGCUUGCUUGCUUGCUUGCUUGCUUGCUUGCUUGCUUCGUUCUCCGUUCGUAUUCCGUUCGUUUUCAAGAUUUGUGCGUUCAAUCGCGCGACCGGGUCGUUUCUCCCCCUCUUUUCUCCUGCGGACCUUGAUCUACGUUGAACGCGUCUAACCCGGUCAAUCACCCGUUCUUUGGCACGCGCGACUCGUCGGGCUUGUGCCUGUCAGCUGGCUAGCGGUCGACAGCGGCGGUCGGUGGUGUCGCGGUCGAAUCCGUCGAGUGCCGAUCAUGCCUGGUUUGAGCGUUGAGUCUCGACCACCGUGUGUGUCCUCACGGGAGAAGUGAAGCGAAGUGUCGUCGAGUCUGCUACGCUUCAGCUUGGCAGCAGCGGUUUCAGUCGGCCGGUCGGCCCGGUGAAAUUGGCGAUAUUCGGGGAUGACAGCGCGCGAGAUAUGCAAUAUAUGACAAUUCGGCAUCAAGUGAAGGAUGAUCGCUCGCAAGUGCUGUAUCCGCGAGAUCAAUUUCUUCCUUACUGAGGACUGCGAAGGCAUUUCGUGCCUCCAUGGCUAUUGCAGGAUCCGAGCGGCACGUGAAAGCACAAGAAGAGGAAUCAAGAACGAUUACCGAUCGAUACGAUGCAACCAGGGGAUGCCAGUUGCGGCGACGAUGAAACACGAGCGACGUUAAAGUGCAAUCGUCUGGAAUGAAGCAUUGGAGAUAAAGGCCUCCGAGUAUUAUCAAGGCGCGACAUUUAUGACGACAUCUCGCCUCGUUGUAGAGCACGAAACUCGAACAGGCGAAUAAAAAAAAAAAAAAAACGCCUCCUCUGCGACAUGCCCUUUGCGAAAUAUCGACAAUUUCCGUUGCUGCCAUAUCGGAGUGCACAAAGCCCUGCUGCUGUGACGAUUCCUUUACUCAAUCAACCAUCUCCAUUAAAUUCGUUGAAACACGUUAGAGACGUGUUCGAAUAUUUUUUUGGAAUUUUCCGUCGUCACGUUUCUAUAUCAUAAUUAUCGCCAGUUACCUUGGUAAAUAAUUAUGCCUCGACGUCGGCCUCGUUGAUCGGCGCGAGAUGAUGCAACGCUCGUUACUCGGAGAGCGAUCGUUGUCUGCAAAUCGAUCGCAAGUCUGCGGAGAAUCACAUCCACAUUUACUUGCGGUGUGUGGUGCCUCGUCAUGAGAGCGGAAGUUGGUGGACGAGCGGCGACGAGCGUCGCGCGGGGCUUAUCGUCAGCGGGCUUACGGCUAGUGACCCGGAAGAGCGCGAGAUGAAAGUGCGCACGUCGCGAGAUGUCAUCGGAAUUGAAUCGGAUGAAGAGAACAGACGGGAUGGGAACGGCCGGAAAAAUUCCCGUGACGGCGGCGACGGCGACGACGUUCGGCGACAGGGCGAGCCGUUCGCUAGCGCUCUUGGCCGUGGUCGUCUGGUGUUCCUGCUGGCUCCUGCUGAUUGGCGAAUGCGCCGGCCAGAAGCCCAUCAAUCUCGGCGGCAACAAGAAGCGCGAUGUCUACAUCGCCGGCUUCUUCCCGUAUGGCAACCACGUGCCGGAAGGUCACAUCGGGCGCGGCGUCAUGCCCGCGGUUAAGCUCGCCGUGGAGCACAUCAACGAACAUGCGACCAUACUCAGGGAUUAUCGGCUGCACAUGUGGUGGAACGACACGGAGUGUAGCGCCGCAGUCGGGAUGAAAGCCUUUUUCGACAUGAUGCAUAACGGGCCGCACAAGGUGAUACUCUUCGGCGGCGCUUGCACCCAAGUCACGGACCCGAUAGCGAAAGCUUCGAAACACUGGCGCCUUACGCAGCUCAGCUAUGCAGAUACUCAUCCUAUGUUCACAACCAACAGCUUCCCGAAUUUCUUCAGGGUCGUGCCGUCUGAAAACGCCCUGAACGCACCGCGAGUGGCGUUGUUGUUGCACUUCAAUUGGACGCGGGUCGGCACGAUUUAUCAAAACGAGCCCAGAUACGCACUGGUGCACAAUCGAUUGGUGGCCGAUUUGGACGAGAGCAAGAUGGAGCUCGUGGAGACGUUGAGCUUCGCUACGGAAGUGAGGACGGCGCUCGAGAAGCUCAAGGAGAAGGAUGUAAGAAUCGUGCUGGGUAAUUUCAACGAGGCGUGGGCCAGGCGAAUAUUCUGCGAGGCCUACAGAUUCGGACUUUAUGGUAGAAAGUAUCAGUGGGUCAUUAUCGGCACUUACACCAGAGAGUGGUGGCUGCGUCCGGACGGCGGAUGCGAUCCCUCCGAGUUAUCCGAGGCUCUCCACGGUGUCAUCCUAACCGAUCUGUUGCCGCUGACGACCGAGGAACAGCAUACCACAUCCGGAAUCACUCCGGAUCAGUAUCAAGUCGAGUACAACUCGAGGCGGGGUAGCGAGUACUCCAGGUUCCACGGAUACACGUACGACGGUAUCUGGACAAUCGCCCUGGCCGUAAAGAAUGUCGCGCGCAGAAUACGGCACUUUCAUCGUAACCAGACUAUAUCCGACUUUCGGUAUAGGGACGUAUUAUGGGAGAAGCUCUUCCUCGAUGCCCUCAGGAAUACAAGCUUCGACGGUGUUACGGGACCGGUUCGCUUCUACGAUAACGAAAGGAAAGCGUACAUUCUUCUAAAACAAUUUCAAAACGGUCAGGAGGUAAAUGUAGGCGAGUACGAUAGCAUAACCGGUGUUCUGAAUCUGAGCAGAGGGGACGCGGUGCUGUGGAACGGGAGAUCGCCGCCGAAAGAUCGGACCGUCCGCAUCAUCGAGCACUCCACCGUGGACAUCACGCUAUACGCGGUGCUAGCCUCGGCCGCUAGUGUCGGUAUUGUCUUGGCAUCCAUAUUUCUCGCCAUCAAUAUCAGAUACCGAAAUCAAAGAUACAUCAAAAUGUCAUCGCCCCACCUCAACAAUCUCAUCAUCGUCGGUUGUAUGCUGACCUAUAGUAGCGUUAUCUUCCUCGGACUAGACUCGCAAUUAUCGAGCGUAGCGGCCUUCCCAUACAUUUGUACGGCCAGAGCGUGGCUGCUGAUGGCCGGUUUCUCAUUGGCCUUCGGCUCCAUGUUUUCGAAAACAUGGCGCGUACACUCCAUAUUCACCGACGUGAAACUCAAUAAGAAGGUGAUAAAAGAUUACCAGCUGUUUAUGGUGGUCGGGAUACUGUUGGCUGUCGAUCUCACCAUCAUGACGACGUGGCAGAUAGCCGAUCCGUUCUAUCGGGCAAUCAAGCAGAUGCAGCCUUACCAUCAUCCCUCCAGCGAGGAUAUAAUAAUCGUCCCGGAGAACGAGUAUUGUCAGAGCAAUCAAAUGAAUAUUUAUCUGUUUUGCAUAUAUGCAUACAAAGGCCUUUUAAUGAUAUUCGGUGCCUUUCUGGCAUGGGAGACGCGGCACGUUAGUAUACCGGCAUUAAAUGACAGUAAAUACGUGGGAAUGAGCGUGUACAACGUUGUUAUAAUGUGCGUCACUGGCGCGGCUAUAAGCUUCGUGCUGACUGACAAACAGGACGCCAUGUUCAUAAUGUUGGCGGUGUUCAUUAUAUUUUGUAGUACAGCUACUCUUUGUCUGGUUUUUAUUCCUAAGGUAAUAGAGUUACGCAGAAAUCCGCAAGGGGCGAUAAAUAAGCGGACCAGGGCGACUCUCAGGCCAAUGUUGAAAAUACGAAGGGACUCGACAGUCAGCGAGAUCGACGAGCGUUUGAAGGAAGCGAAGCUGGCGAAUAAAAAAUUCCGGAAGCAACUGUUGCAAAAGGAUUCCGAGCUUCAGGGAUUUUUAAGGAGAAUGGGCGAAGAAACUGCAAGUGAAACGCAAGAGACGGUUGAUACGUUGCCUGUUCCAAAGCCAGAAGAGGCCGUUAAAAGGGAAGGACCGUCAAUAACCACAGAAACAACUGAUGUUUCAAUGUCCAUAUGCAGCUUGAACUCAUCAACUGUUUCGCAGCCGGAGGGUGAUUACGUCAACGUGGAUCAAGUAACAAAGAAAAAAUCGUCGUCCAUCACGAAAGCCACGUCAAUCACCAUCGAUAACGAACGAGUGGCUAUGACGGCCCAGAUCGAGGAGAGCUCUUCUCCGGGCGUCGAGACUACGACGGACGCGUUCCCACCGCUGCCUCUGCCGAUGACAAUAGCUAUGACAACGACGACGGCGACGGCGACGGCGACGGCGACGGCGACGGCGACGGUUACGACGACGGUGACGGCGAUGGCAACGGUAACGGCGACGGCGACGAUAACGGCAACAGCGACGGUGAUGACACCAAUAACGACGCAUUCCAGACACACGUGCGGCGCGGAUGCAUCGCGGCGCAAGAGCGCCUCCGACGAAACAGGCAAGACGAGUGAGUCCAUGUCGCUGAUACGCAACAGGAGUCAAGAACCGUUGCCGAACGACGCCGCGACGACGACGCGCUUUGUGCCGCCGGUCGUCGAAGAGAGCGACUCCGUGAUUCUCGAGGAGACCGAGAUUGCGAGGCAUGUGUGUCGUGUGAGAAGACGGAGCAAGGACGAACGCAGGGCGAAGCUAUCGACACCACCGCCGACUAAGAACGUGUCCUUUGGUGAGCUUCACGAGCAGAGCUACAUUGAGCAGGUCAUCAUGCCAUUCCCGUUGACGCAGUAUGUGCCAAAUCAUCGGCAUGCCGAAAAGUACGAGGAAUCGAUGUCGACGAUCAUCCAGCGCUCCAUGUCGGAGCGCUCGCGAGAAAAGUGUCUGCGGCUGCACAUCAGCGGUGGCCACCCCAUAGUCGAGUGCUCGCAUCGAGUCGCGCGCCGUAUGUGCCGUCACGCGGGCUCGAAAUUGCGCCACCAGGCACGGCUGGAGUACGUGCAGAGCACCCCGAACGUGGCGACGAUGAACAAUGGCAAACACGUCGUGGCCAACUCGGGCGGCGGAACCGGCGACGUGAACGGUGAUUCCGCGGUGAACGUCUCCAAGAUGUACAGCGCCGUGUCGGACGGCGAGCUACUGGAUCUCACGAUCCUGCCGAUUUUUCAAAAGCUCCUCACCGAGCGGCAUAAGAGCACUGCCAGACGGGGCUACCGCUCUAAUAUAGCUAGUUGCCCGAAUAUAUCCAUCAAGUGCGACAUUGUCGAGUAUCUCUAACACGUGUCCAGCCGGCGACCUGAUCACUGCGCGACGAUACUUGCUCACAUUUCCCGUCACACUGGACUCACAAUCGGUAGAAUGUGUUAGGUCAGUUAUCUAACAAUAAAUCGAUUAGAUGAAUUAAUUGAUCUCGCGCCAGCGACGAUUCUUUAGCGACAAAUCAUUGUUAAGUUGAAGAUAUUAGGUAUCGAAUAAUGUUUGUGCCGUUCCGUUAACUCAUUUAUAAGAAUAACGACGCGAAUAAAGACGCUGGCUGUUCACGUGAGCGUGGAUUAAUCAAUUCGCUCCGUCUCUCGCGUUUUCGCUCGGCAUUUAAUAUUACGAAAAAACGGAUGAAAAUAAAAAAAUAAAUAAACAAAAAGAACGCGUGAAUAAUGUAACGCUCUAGUAAAAUAAUAAUUGUCUCGAAUAUAUCGUUCUCAUCGCGAAGUGCAAGAAAAACGAUGCGACGAUCGAUUAAAGGGCGCAUGAUUAAAGGUAAAACUUUUUCUAUAGUACACACGGGAUAUUUUCUAAUGCGCGACGAUGAUUAUUUAAACGUAAGAAUAUAUAAAGGACAAAACGCGAAGAAAAUAAUAUCGAAAAAUCGGUGAAAAUCCUCUCAUGGAGACACACUUGGAAAUCUCACCGAAAUUUCAAUUUCACUCGUCGUUGCUCAGUUUAUUUUUUAGACGUAGACGGAGUGUAAACAGAUUUGGGCGCGAUAUCUAUCGAAUACACACACACACACACACACACACUCUUAGUUACUUAAACGUCAGUCAAUAGAUCUUGUAUCUCAUUAGUGACAUAUGCAACAUGUAACAAACACUGCGGAGAAGCACAAAUGAGAAGAAAAAAAAAAGCUUCGUAUAUAGUAUCCGUAAAACACACACACAUACUUUCGGGAGUGAAAUCGGGAUGAAAGAUAGGAGGGGUCAUCUACGCAAUCGAUAUAGCGUAUUGCUUUUGGGGCAGAAAAUUGGGAUAGAAGGGAAGGGAGGGGUGAGGGGUAAAACCUAGCAGCGAACAAAUAUUGUUUAAAUAUUUCUUAGUACGACCGAAGAAUAUUUUUGUGACGCGACUUUAAAACAUUAAACUAGUUCUAAUUGAUGCGGUAUUGAUUAAUAAUAAUAUACCUUCGAGAUAUUUACAAGACGAAUUGCAAGAUAAAAAAAAAAAAAAAUAUUCGUUAGUCGCGGGAAUAAGAAAGGAGAUUUGACUGUUGCAACGAUUUUCCCAUCAGAAGAUUUCUCGUUCAUCGAUCGCGACGAGGCGAGAACGAGAACACUCCCUGGAAAAUGAAGGGAGAUCGCGUUAUAAAAUGUCGCCGUUGGCUAACAAAUGUUUUUUUUUUUUUUCCGAUAGAGAAAACAUACAUAUAUCUAUAUAUAAGGAUUGUUAAGGCAAAGAUAUCGAGAACAUGUUAAUUAAAUGCGUUCUCUCCUUCGGACGCUCCGUUUUCACGAAAAAUCUCGCCAAAAUCUCAGGCCGAGGCGGCGGAAAAGCGCGACACACUUUACAAAUACUAAAGUAAGUUUCCCCUCGCGUACAUUUCUAAAAUGAAUAACUAUGUGUUUGUAAAUAUAUGUUACAAAGUAAUAUAUAUUCAUUGAAUAUUUCCUAUACACGUGUAUACACACAUACACAUAUACUUGGCGCGUCUAGCCAAUCCUAGGAGAUAAUUACAUGAUGAUUUCACCAGGCAUAUUUCGUUCUCCGCUAGGGUGCUGUGUUCAAAAAAUACAUACCUCGAAGAGAGUGUGGUGGCGGAGCAUAUUAAUAUAAAUACCCUUCGGGUACAUCUCUAGAACUGAUAAUUAUCGAAUCGAAUCAAUGCAUGCAUUGUCAAUUGCCCUACGUUCUUUCGUUUUAUACGAAAAAAAUAAUAAUAAUAAUAAACAAGCACUCGCGAUAUCCUGCAUCCAACGAGAUACUGAAAAUCCAUUUGCGGAAAACCGAGAAUCGAAAGUCCCUUUUGCUCUAAAACGGGGUUUAAGAUCGCGAAAAUAAAAUGUUUGAGUGAUAAAACCAUCCCCUCUUUUUUACACGAAUGAGAUCUAGUUUUUCUAGUUAUUUCAAUUCGCGAGUGAACUCAUUAAAGAUAGAGCCUCAGGUAUUUCUGUAAGAAAUUCUUGAAUUUUUCUCGAAUCGUGGAAUCUCAGACGGAGCGGCACAAGCGUGAUAUAUAUUCACGAUUAAAGUCAAAGAAAUUAGGAAAGUUUAAGAAGAAGAAAAAUAAGAUUGAAUCUUUUUCAGCAUGACACGCAGUUAGUCGCUCUCUCAUGUAACGCUGCCCCGUUUUACGAUAUGAAAAUAUCGUGACAAAUUUGCGAUAAAAAUUUAGAAAUUUUCAACGAGAUUUAAAGUUUAUCGGAUAAUAUCGCGUCUCUCUCUCUCUCUCUCUCUCUCUCUCUUUCUCUGUUCCCCCUCCCCCUUCCCUCUCCCUUUCUAUAAUGAUACCGCAUCCUUUUUGAACUUUCAGUACAUUUUUGAUGCAAAAAAGUUCAAAUUGUUAAGGACAAAUCAUUUCCGUCGAUAUAUUUUCGGUCUGUAGACAUGGUGAAACAUUCGACGAAGCGUCUGUACGUCGUCGUAUUCCUUACUGUUAGACAGACAUGACUUAUUCUGUACUAUUACGCAAGUUAGUGGUAUUGUCAGUGGUGUUGCCAGUGGACAAGCCAAGCGAAAAAUUUUUUACGAAUUGUUACGAGGAGAAAAAGAAGCUAAUCCAACAGCAAUAUACACAUGUCCGAUUAUAUACGCUUGCGUGCAGAGAAUCGAAGGCGAUUAAGUAUGUGUGAUAGAGAGUGGAAGGAGAACGUUCUCCUUUUUUUUUUUUUUCGAAAUUCAUACAUCGCUGUGACUUACGGAUAUAUCUUUGUGAAAAAUGAAUGAAUUAAAAGUGAUCGACUGGGAUUUAUUCUGUAAAUAAAAUCCAAUUGCUGUUCUUUAAAACUAGAAAUACUGGUGCUAAAAAGUUUUUUUAUUACUCUCUGCUUCUUCUCUAUUUCUCAUAUAGACCUAAAAUCUUUUUUCCGAUUUUUUUUUUUUUUUAACAAAUAAGUGUGACUCGAGUUAUUGAAUUUCUAACGAGAGAUGAAACCAAUUACAUAAAUUGACGAUCUAAUUUCGCCGAAAAAAUCUAUUACCAUUGAUUUCUUUUAAUUCAAGAAUUUCUUAAGAAUAACUCGAACGCUUUCAUCAUCAACAAACAUUAUUAGCGACAUAACGGACUUUGGGGGAGGGAUUUGUUAACAUUGUUAUCGACACGUUUGUAUCUUAUUAUACUAUAUCUUUACCUGUACAUAUAUUUUCGCAAGAGACAAUGCAUGUAUCGUCAAUUAUCAUGCGUUCAAAGUAUCCCACAUCAUACCUCCAUUUUGAAAGAACUUGCAAAAAAUAAGUAAAUUUAAAAGGAUUCGAGAGAAAAUUCAUUUCGUGAGAAUGAAAUUAAACAGCAUGCAGAAUGCAGUCCCAUCCUUUUGGUUUGCCUAUUUUUUGCAGUAAAAGUAUAAAGUAGUUUACGAGUGCACUUAAAAGACGGCUCGUCGUAAUGUGAGAGACCGAUAGCAUACCGGAUAAAGAUGCGAUUCUUACCAGUUAUGGAGGCACGUGUGAUAUCUGACUAUCUAAAGUCUGUCGAGGAGAAUUGCUACGUAAGGCGAUCUUAAUGUUCACCGCUGUCUACUCUCAAUAAAGUGGCUGUCAUUCAAUAAG